UCCUCCCAGCGCGGGCAGGCGGCAGGGCGCCGGGGCCGGCCGUGGAGGGGGGUGUUUCCCGCCGGAGCGGGAAAGGGAGGCCGGAGGCCGGCGUUGUCAGUGAGGCGCUGGGGGGAACCGGGUGCUUUUCACGGGAGAACCACGAAAGAAAACGAAGGUGCCAGUGCCGGGCGUUCCUCCCGGGCAGUGUCCCGCCCCAGCGGCUCUCCGGUUUCCCUUCUUGGCCCCGUGUCACUGAGUUCAGGGCCGGGCUUGUGACCCGUUUUCCCUCGGGGCGAGCGGGAGAAGCCGCCUGAGGCUCCAGAACGAUGCAGUUCUUCGGGCGGCUGGUGGACACCAUCAGCAGCGUCACCCAGAUCUUCACCAACCCCUACCGGGUGAAGGAGGUGUCGACUGCCGAGUACGCCGCUCACACCUGCCUGAGGGAGGAAGGCCGGGUGGUCCUGUACAGGAACAGCCUCGCCCGCUCCUGGGACUGCCUGCUGCUCAGUCCCCAGAGCCCGCAGGUGGCUUUCCGGCUCUUCCAGCUCGACAAUGAAGCAGAUGCCCUGGCACGUUUUGAGCAGUAUGCCGGGCAACUGCGCCCUUUCUACGAGAGCUCACGCCAGCCCUUGUUGCUGGAGGAUCUCCAGCAGCUCAGCGACUGCUUCCGCAACCACCCCAGCUGGUCCUCGGCACACGUCGCAGUGGAGAUUGGCCAUCGGGAGAGCUUCCGGCACAACCAUGUUCUGAGCUGUGUGAACAGCACGGACAGCGAGGAUGGCUGCACCCCGCUGCACCUGGCCUGCCGCAAGGGAGACAUGGAGUGCCUGCUGGAGCUGCUGGAGUGCCACGCACGGCUGGACAUCACCGACAGGAAUGGGGAGACGGUUUUCCACUAUGCUGUGCGAGGGAAUAACCCCCAGAUCAUCGAGCUCCUGGGCAGAACCCCAACUACUGGCUUGGACCACCUGAGCCAUGAAGGGCUGACGGCUCUGCAUCUCGCCUGUCAGCUGGGCAAAGAGGACAUGGUGCGCUCGCUGCUGAAAUGCCGUGCCAGCUGCUGCGUUGUGGGGACGCUGGGCUACCCCAUCCACACAGCACUGAAGUUCUCCCAGAAGGGGUGUGCCCAGGCCAUCCUGGAGGCGGAUGCUGGCCAGGUUCACUCCAAGGACCAGCGCUAUGAAGCCAUCCCGCUGCACUGGGCGAAGAAGGCAGAGAUGACGCGGCUGCUGCUUGAGUACGGUUCUGAGGUGAAUGUGACCAGCCGGACGGCGGACAUGGCUCUGCACAUCGCAGUCAAUAGGGGACGCUUUGACUGUGCCAUGGUACUGCUGACGCACGGCGCCAACACCAAUGCCAGGGGUCAGGAUGGCAACACACCGCUGCACCUGGCCAUGAAGCAUGACAACCUGGAUAUGAUCAAAGCCAUCGUUGUGUUUGGAGGAGAUGUUGAGAUCCCCAAUGAUUUCGGGGAGACACCAGGGCUGUUGGCAGCCAGGAGCAGCAAAGGUGCAAACCGGAAAGUGCUCUUAGACCUGCUGCAAACUGUAGGGACCGAACGCUGCCACCCACCCCAUCCCGACUCCCCAAGCCUGGCACCAUCUGCCUCCUCCUUCUUCCUGGAAGGCCAACCUUCCUCGCGGAGCAGCUUCAACAGCUUAGGGUACAAGGACCUUCUGUAUGUUUCCACAACACUUGGACAGUUUCUGAAGGCACCAGAUGUUGUGGACUCACCCAGUGAGGGCAGAAGAAAUCAGGACCGCCUCCUGUGUCUGGAUGGAGGGGGCAUCCGUGGCCUGGUGCUCAUCCAGCUCCUCCUGGCUAUCGAGAAGGCUGCAGGCCGUCCCAUUCGUGAGAUUUUUGACUGGAUCGCGGGAACCAGCACUGGAGGGAUCUUGGCCUUGGCUAUUGUACAUGGGAAGUCCAUGGACUACAUGCGCUGCCUGUACUUCCGCAUGAAGGACAUGGUGUUCCGGGGGUCUCGGCCCUAUGAGUCGGAGCCCCUGGACGAAUUCUUGAAGAAGGAAUUUGGGGAAAACACCAAAAUGACAGAUGUCCAAAAACCCAAGGUUAUGGUGACAGGGACGCUGUGUGACCGGCAGCCAGCUGAACUCCACCUUUUCCGAAAUUACCCCGUACCAGAGACAAAAACCUCCACUGAAUACAAGACAAGCGCAACUUUCAAACCACUCACUCAGCCAGAAGACCAGCUCGUGUGGCGCGCUGCCCGCUGCAGCGGCGCGGCUCCCACCUAUUUCCGGCCGAUAGGCCGCUUUCUGGAUGGGGGGCUGCUGGCCAACAACCCGACCCUUGAUGCCAUGGCAGAGAUCCACGAGUACAACAAGACGCUGAUCAAGAAGGGUCAGAAGCAGAAAGUACGAAAAUUGGGGUUGGUGGUCUCUCUGGGAACAGGGAAGCCUCCGCAGGUCCCGGUGAGCUCUGUGGAUGUUUUCCGCCCCUCCAACCCUUGGGAGCUGGCGAAGACCGUCUUUGGGGCCAGGGAGCUCGGCAAGAUGGUGGUGGAUUGCUGCACUGACGCAGAUGGCCCAGCUGUGGAUCGUGCCAGGGCCUGGUGCGAGAUGACGGAUGUCCCAUAUUUCCGGCUCAGCCCUCAGCUGCACACGGAGGUGAUGUUGGACGAGGUGAACGACACGGUGCUGGUCAAUGCUCUCUGGGACACCCAGCUUUACAUCUACCAGCAGCGGGAGCAGUUUCAGCAGCUGGUGCAACAUCUCUGCCGAUGACUGACCUGGAGGUUCCCAUUCUGCAUCUGCAUGGCAAGGAGCAGCAGACACUGAAAUGGCUCCGAUUUGCCCUUGAAUCAAGAUGUUGAGGUGGGGGAGGGACUACUACUAAUAAUACUGAGGAAUUAAUGAUAUUUAGUAGACAACAGUGCACAUACACAUGUAUUCCUGGACACAUACAUGUAUUCCCACACAGCUGUGAAAUGCUGACAACUACCUUCCUACUGUAGCUCCAUCUCUGCUGCUCUGCCGGUUUUGCUGCCUUGCUCUCUGACUGUACGGUCCUUCCCAGAAGGCAGAGCCCCAACCUCCCUGUCUUGAGCUGGAGUCUGUCUCCUGCCUGUGCAGCACCUCCACUGACACAGCACCAUGCACCUUCCGGCAUCACAGAACGGGCCAAGGCCAGAUAAAGCUGCAGGGAUUACUUGGCCCGCUGGGGCCAAUGUGUUUUGGAGUGCAUAGUGUGAGGAAAAGAGAUUAUUCUUCCCUCAACACGCCUGGUUUGAAGUAGGGCAGAAGUGCUGUAGCUUUGUGCAGUAGAUAGGCUGCAGAAUGUUGAGACUGGUCUUGGGAGAAGGGGGAGCCUUUUCUGAGCCAGUUGUUUUCUGUAGCACCUUCUGCUUUCCCUUCCAAGAUGGACUGGAACCACAGGUACUGACUGUGCCCAGGGUGGGGCAGACUACCCCAGAGACUGUUUCAUGCCACCUGACUUGCUGAGCUAGUCUUUGCUCAAGGGCUGAGAUACAAAAGUCUGGUUUUACUCUCAGCAAGCCCAAGAUGAGGGGCAAUAGCCUUGGCUUGGUAGAGAAAUUGUUUUUCUUUAUUUUUGACAGGGAAUUGCUAAGAUUGGUUCCCACCAAAGAAGUUGACCUUGUGACAACUUGGGUUCACUUUUUUUUUGCUGCUGGAAAUCCCAUUGUGACUGCUAGACUAGUCAGUGUUUCUGCAGUACAUUUCGUUUUAUUUAUAAAUAAUUUAUGUACCUAUUUGGAGGCAUUUUGAGGAGUAACCUAAAAAACUGGAUUCUUAAUAAUUUGCUUUUGACUGGAGGGACUGCUGUUGUGAACAGUGCUUCUACGCAAAACUAACAUGACAUGAAAUAAAGAGAGGAUUUGCUUUGGUUC